ACCUUCAGCUUAGGUCAGUAAUUGCCUGGGUGCCUUGGAGACGAGGCAUCCGUAUCUGUGCAGGCAAGUAUGGAUACCUAUGCUCUCAUUACCCAUGGGUCUUGCAUUGAUGUAUUAUACAAUACUCUGUACGGUUCGGACUCUUCCAAAUGUCAUACAAACCGAGGUCUUAGUCUUGUUUGGUAGACUUCGCUCUCGAGCUGAAAAAAAAAAAAAGAGGUCGGCACCAACGCUUUGGGGUGGCGGGGAUGCAGGCCGAGGAAGGUCCAGGGCAUGUCGAUACGCUAGACGGUAGAACUAAAGAUUCUUAGCGCAAAGAGGCAGGUACUGGUACCUAGAAAAAGAGAGAAAGAGACCAGACGGGAAUUGGAAGACGGUUGGAACAUGAUGGCUGGCGGUUGGCUGUUGGCUGUUGGCUGUUGGGUGGCCUAUGAAGUUCUGUCCAUUGUCCAUUGUGACUUUGUCACCACAUACCUUGAGUACCUAGGUAUCCUCUCGACGCAGACGAAGU